AUGAGCGAACAAGAAGAAACUGCCGAAUUCGCAACGACUACACACCCUACGGCCAAAGCUUUCUUCGAUGCCCUUGACACAAGAUCGUCGUCUUCGAGACAGAGCUUAAAUCUCAGGCGGCGUGUUCAGUCUUUGGGAUGGAGAAACAGACACUCUCAAGCUAAGUACUAUCCAUGUACUGUCAAUGGUAUUGGAUUUUCUGUCAAACAAGUGCAACGAGGCGAAGUAGACGGAACAUACGGAACGGGCGCCACCGUAUGGCCGGCAGCGCUUGUGCUCAUAAAGUACCUAGAGCGAAACCCAUCCCUCUUACAGGGAAAGAAAGUUGCAGAUCUGGGAUCAGGUACAGGUAUCACCAGUGUGGCAUCGGCUCUCCUGGGAGCUUCUAUCGUCAUCUGCACUGAUGGGGAAGACAGCGUCGUGCAGCUCGCAGAAAGCAACUUGCAACAUGUCAAACAAGAGCUGACAGGUGACGUAUUGCAAUCUUUUUCGUCGGAAAAGUUUUCUGUUCAAAGAUACUGGUGGGGAGAUGACUCGAUGAUGGGCCAUCAAGAUUGUGAAGUCAUCAUAGUUGCCGACUGUGUACUGCCGAAAUUGUAUCCCAUCGCGCCUCUAGUCCAAGCCAUCGAUGAGCUCUUGGUAUCUCCUACUAGCGUUGCCAUCUUGAGCUAUGAGCAUCGAUACUACCCUGACUACCACCCACGAUCUAAAUUUGAAGAAUUAGCUACUCAGCGCGGACUCCUGGUGGAACAAAUUUCUGGCACGAAGUUGGAUCCAGUGUACAGCGUUGACGACAUUGAAAUCUGGCACGUGACAAGAAGGGAAUAA